AUGAAUGUCACUACAGAAUUGGCGGGGGCUGCGCGACAUGCCCACAAGAUAAUGAAGGGCAUUGUGGUCUCAGCUGGUCGCAUGGACAAGACUGUGAAAGUCAAAUUAGGAGGACUGCGAUGGGAAGAGAAGGUGCAGAAGUACUUCAAACAACCGCGAUGCGAGCUAGUCCACGACCCCCGUAACUCCCUACGACAAGGCGACGUCGUAUCUAUAACAUCGUCAUGGCGAGUAUCAAAAGAUGUGCGUUAUGUCGUCCAGGAUAUUAUAGCACCAUUCGGCGACCCUAUCGACGAACGGCCACCCAUUCCCACUCUGGAGGAGAGGAUACAAGAGAGAAGCGCGAAGCGAGAAAUCAAAGUGCAGCGGAGAGACUUGACAAGAUCCGUAAAUAGGGAGCUACUUAGAUCCGAGAAAUUGGCACUGCAAGUCAAUAUGGCGUUGCGGCCAAUUCAGAAAGCCCUCAAGACCGAAUCUUCGCAAGCUACAUGA